AGGAAUGGCUAUUCCACCAUCUUUAUUUCAGAGGUGGUUCUAAGUUGAGUAAAUAGAAGCAGAAACAUGUAUCUCAUCAUAGUUAUCGCAGGAGUGAAUCUGACAAUACAAGCUAUUUAGAAACUUCCUUUUUGGGACAGUUACAGUGACGUGGCGCUCUACUGUGCUCGUGAAUCUCUUAUGUAUCGUGUUCAUAUUACGUAAUUUGCCUGUACUUGCACUUCAUCACAUGUGAACAUGAUAUUCACACUGUACAUUUAGAUACUAAUAUUGACAUGUUUUUGGCAGGCUUAGUUUUCUCCGACAUUAUAUUGGAGACCAUGAGAUACUGGGAAUCAAAAACCUGUCUUAGAUUUCAACAAUAUAACACUGAACUUGGCAACUCACUUGGUCACCAUGCAAGAGUGAACUUCAUUAGAGGUGACGGGUGUUAUUCUUACAUCGGUGUUGUCAAUAUACAUGGGCCUCAAGAUAUCUCUAUUGGUAAUGGUUGUCAAUUUAAAGGAACCAUAGCGCAUGAACUUGGUCAUGUUAUUGGAUUUUGGCAUGAGCAAAGUCGACCAGACAGAGAUAACUAUGUUCGAAUUCAUACAGAAAACAUCAAGCCUGGUUAUGAGGGAAACUUCAAAAAGUACACUACCAAUGAUGUUGAUACAUAUGGCAUUGACUACGAUAUAUCAUCAAUCAUGCAUUACGGAUCACAUUUUUUCAGUACCAAUCAAGAGCCCACCAUAACAACAGUAAAUGAGGAUGAUUUAUCAAAAUUGGGACAACGUGAUCAUCUGACGUUUAGCGAUAUCAAGCUGGCUAACACUAUGUACAAAUGUAGCGAACACUGUGGAACGGAUGUUCCGUACUGUGGAGCAGACGGGUAUGUCGGACCCAAAUGCACUUGUGUUUGCCAUCAUGGAGUUGGAGACGAUUGUCACGAACCGAGGCAGUGCUAUUCCAGUUAUAACGGAGAGGACUAUCGAGGCGGUGUUAACGUUACUAUAGGUGGACUGGAGUGUCAAAUGUGGUCAGACCAAUCUCCGUGGCUUCAUACGUAUGUCCCGGAAAACUACCCGGAUGCUGGAGUCGGGGAUCAUAAUUACUGUAGAAACCCUGAUGGCGAUGAUCAACCUUGGUGUAUUACUUUGGAUGACGACAUUGACUGGCAAUAUUGUGAUAUCGGCCAAUCCAGCGAUACAUGCCUUUACGAAUGCUACUUAAAACGAGAUGGUACCGACUAUUUUGGAACAGUUGACAUAACCACAGACGGAACUUUGUGUCAAAAAUGGUCAGAACAGUCCCCACAUACGCACGAGUAUAGCACAAGCCGCUACCCGAAAGGUGGUCUUGGGGACCAUAGAUAUUGUAGGAAUCCCGACUUUGAUGACGCCCCCUGGUGUUUCACAAGCGAUCCCGAUAUACGGUGGCAGUACUGUGACGUUGGUCAGCCGACGGAAAACUGUGGAGAAACGGAGUGCUACACGGCGGUAAAUGGGAAUGACUAUCGAGGUUCUGUCCACGUUACACAAUCGUUGCGUGAAUGUCGACGGUGGACGCAUUCCAAUGUUACAUUGGCUGGUUACACGCUAGAAAACUACCCGAACGCGGGUCUUGGUGACCACAACUUCUGUCGUAAUCCCGAUGGAGAGGAGCGGCCAUGGUGUUUUAUCUCGGGAGACCCCAGCAAUGACUGGGAGCUGUGUGAUGUCAGGAAUAGACAGGAAUUGUGCGGCCCAACAGAAUGCUACCUUAGACCCGAUGGAAGUGAUUACCGGGGUACAGUUAAUACAACUAGUAACGGCCAUGCAUGCAUGAACUGGUCAGAUGAUCUACCGAAUAUUCUGGGAUAUAACGUUGGGAACUUCCCCGCCGCUGGACUUGGCGAUCACAACUCAUGUCGAAAUCCUGAUGGUGGCAGCCAAGCUUGGUGUUUUUCAACCAAUCCCGAUGAGGAGUGGAAUACUUGUGAUAUUGGACUACCAAGCCUGGAAUGCGAAUAA